CAGCAUGAAGUUGUGAACAGGGUUUAAAAGCUGCUGCAGGACUCCAGACAUGGACCAGCAAUGGCUCUGCUGAAGGUUCUGCUGCUGCUGGGGCUGGGUGUUUCAGUGAACUCAGCUGUUUCUCUCCAGAAGAGAAUCAUUGGAGGUCGAAACUGUGAUGACACGGAGCGUCUUUAUCAUGUUCGGCUGGAGAGCAGCAAGGGUGAUGCAGCAUUCCGCUGUGGAGGAUCUCUGAUCCACCCUGAGUGGAUCUUGACUGCAGCUCACUGCUUGUUGAUGAUAGGAUGGACCAGCAGAAUGAUGUUAAAAGUUCAUCCACGGACUGCUGGGCAGCAGAUUCAGGAAAUACAACAUAAUCGUAUUAUUUACCACCAAUAUGACAUCCUGUUGCUGAAACUUCAGACACCAGUAACAGAUGUCCCACUUGCUCGGCUUCCAGACUGCAGUUAUCAUCUUAACUUAGGUGAUAUUAUUCAGCUGGCAGGAGAGGGAGGAACUACAACCGGCCCCAAUAAUCAGCGAUUACCUCCUGGUGGUGCUAUUCCAGCACAUCUUCAAUGUGUCGACAUGAAAGUUGCUCUGGUUUCCCAAGUCCAUCAGACAUAUGGGCAUGUAUUCUAUGUUUCAGGAACAAACAAGGAUAUCUGCUAUGGCGACGCUGGUGGAGCAGCGCUGUACAACGGCAUGAUUUAUGGUGUGAUUUCUUUUGGUGGACCAGACUUUGCAUGUCAGAGACAAGCUAUGAUCACAGAUGUGUGUAAAUACCUGGGAUGGAUAAAACAAAAAACUGGGAUUGAAUAAAACAUAAAUUAUUAUGAAAUUAAAUUCUCAUGUUUGUAGAAUUAGAAUAAAUCAAUAGUUUUGUUUUUUCUCACCUGAUCUUGACCUCCCUAAUGGAGCUUUCUCUGCGUCAGAAAUAAAAAAUAAAUCAGUAAAUGAAUGAAAAAGAAACA